AUGGUCUUAUUACUUUAUGUGGAUGACAUUAUUCUAACUGGAAAUUCAGAAGAUUUACUUAAUGAUCUUGUUAAUUAUUUGAGCAAUAACUUUGUUAUGAAGGAGUUGGGAGAUUUGCAUUAUUUCUUAGGUUUAGAAGCAAUAAGAUCAUCUGAUGCUAUUAUGUUAACUGAAAAGAAGUACAUAUUGGAAUUACUUGCUAAGUCUCAUAUGCUGGAGUGUAAUCCUUGUAGUACUACAGUUCCUAAAGGACCAAGAGUGUCAGUAAAUGAAGGAACUUUAUUGUCAAAUGCAACUAAAUUUAGAACUACAGUGGGUAUGUUACAGUAUUUUAGCUUAACUAGGCCUGACAUAUGUUUUCGAGUUAACUAUGCUAGUCAAUAUAUGCAUGCUCCUAAUGAUAUUCAUCUGCUUUUGGUAAAGAUAAUUCUUAGAUAUUUUGAAGGAACAAUUGGUUAUGGUAUAACAUUAAGAAAAGGAGAUGUUGAGUGCUCAACUGCCUACACUGAUUCAGAUUGGGGUAGUUUCCCUGAGACAGCUAGGUCUACAUGUGGAUAUACAAUUUUUAUGGGUAACUCUUUAAUCUCUUGGUCAAGCAAAAAGCAUCCUACCGUGUCAAGAUCGACAACAGAAGCAGAGUAUAAAUGUUUAUCAGCUGCAACUGCAGAAUUGGAAUGGCUUGGAUCUUUAUUUUCUGAGUUACAUAUUACACUUAAGAAGCCCAUAACUCUAUACUGUGAUAAUACAAAUGCAAUUUACUUAUCUGCAAAUCUUGUCUCUCAUUCCAGGGCCAAACAUAUAAAGAUCCACUAUCAUGUUGUGAGGGAGUUGAUUGAAGAAGGAUUUUUGACUGUCCAACAUAUUUCUUCAGAGAAUCAGUUAGCAGAUUUAUUCACAAAGGGACUCUGUGCACCUAUUUUUACUUCAUUGCUACAUCAGUCACUGGAACUUUCUUCAUCAGAUGAUACUACUUCUUCAGCUUCUACAACAAGUACUUCUUCCGCUGUUACAGAUUUAGAAGAAACUGCGGAGUUCUCAGUUUAG